AUGUCCCUAUCCAGGUUGGAGUGGACUGCAGCUUCGACCUCGCAUUGGUCUUUUCAACACCCCAAGCUGGAGUCGAACCAUGGCAUGCAGUGUGACCUGUUCGCCGAGAAAAUACUUAAAGGACACACUAAACUUGAGACAUACUUUCCUGCCUUCACUCAUUAUUCACUGCCAUGUACAGAGAAACGAGAAACAUUGACCUCAUUGGGAGCUGGCGCAGACCACCCCAAAGGUCUUGUCAAAAAGGCUUUGUGCACUAAAUCGCCCUUGAUGAGAAACCUGUUUUCUUGUGCCUCUUCAGGCCCUGAGGCAGGAAAGAAGGACAGCAAUAGUGACAUUAGCCACUGCUCAUCGGACAACUCAGUCGGCUUCCGGCCCGCCGCUGAUUGUACGGACGUUGGUGACAAAAAAUUGCUGCUGCGGGCAAAAUGCUUUAUUCGUGACCAAUUUCUGGUGAGGGCGAUGAAGAAUUACGAUACUGGCCGACGUUGUUAUGCACACUACACUACGGCCGUGGACACAGGAAACAUCAAACGCGUAUUCUCAGACUGCCAAAACAUGCUUCAGCGUGCCUACAUGAUGAAGAUAGGUCUCAUGUGA